GUCGAGUACCUAACAAAACGAAUUGCACGAGGAAUUAAAGUCUUGGGGAACAGGAUUGAGAAAGACGUCGCGCAAAUGUGUAAAAGAAUUUUAAUACCGCUCACUAAAAUAAUCGGGGAAAGUGAUUUCUCUGAAGAAUCACUUGAGAGACUGAGAGGAUAUUUUAGAGACAUCUACUGGAGUUUAAAGGUGCACUUGAUGUUUCAUUUAGGAUAUUCUAACGAGCUUGAAGAGAUCGACGAACUCCUCAAUGUGGUGGGUGCUUGGGGCGGCUUGACAAAUGAAGAGAUGAAUAAACUACCAGACCAAAAUCACGUAGUCGACCCAGGAAGCAAACUCGUGGAAAUAGUAAGUACAUAAGCGGCAUAUGUGUGUGUUUUUUCCGAGUUUUCAUCCAUUGUCAUUUGCACCGAGUCAGGCUGUAACAUACCUUGGCUGACUGUUUAUCUAACCUCGCUGUAGCUGACACCAAAGGUAAUGGUUUGCAGGAAUGUUAUGGAAAGGAAAAGCCGGACUACAAGCUGAAUUAUAGAAUUCAGUAUGAGAUGCCGCUCAAGAUUGUCUUUUUAAUUAGAGUAAAACAACUCGGAACUAUUUCCACUGUUCUUGAGCGGAAUUUCGCUGAAAAUUGUGACCCUCUUCUAGUAAUAUCUACCGUGUUUCUUCACCUAUAAGCCGAGACCCUAAAAGUUAGAGACCUUCCAACAGACUCGUGUUAUCCAAAAGAAAAAGCAAAACCAUCGGCUAUAAGCCGAGAGCGAAAUUCUUGAUUAUAACCGGCCAUUUGAGUGAGCGAACCUCACGGAAAAAAUUGGGAAAUGGCUCAAUGAACUCAAAAGCUAAUGAAUGAGAAUAAACACAAAAGAAAAAAAAUAGGCAGUCUAUGACUACAUGUGCCUUGUGAUAUGAAAAAUAGUAUCAUCUGCAAUGACAUGAUACAACAAAAAGAAACUUUAUUGUGAAAUAAGUAUCAACUGUAACAAUUCAUAAUUGAACAAGAACUAAGUAAUAAAAACAUGUAAUAGUAUUUUCUAUUAAUAGUAAUUAUGCUAUAAACUUUUAUAAUAAAUUUUGUUACAACAACAUGAAACUUUAUUGUGAAAUAAGUAUCAAUUGUAACAAUUCAUAAUUGAACAAGAACUAAGUAAUAAAAACAUGUAAUGGUACUUUCUAUUAAUAGUAAUUAUGCUAUAAACUAUUAGACUUGUAAGAAGAGUCUUAUGGUCGUCAAGUAGAAAUUUGACCAGACUCAAACUUCACUUUACAGCAUCAGGCUUGUCGUGUAUAAUUUGGCACCUGAAAUUGUGCAAACACAAGUUUGAUGUUGUAUGCAUUGUAUAGUUUACAAAGUCAAGUACGUUUGCAGGUUUUAGCAUUUUCAUCAUAUAAGUAAUGUUGCAUACAACGCAUGAUUUGGUAAUUUUCAAAAAUAAAGUCAACACAACUGCCUUCAGCAAGAGUGUCAUUCAAUUCCUUUGGUAAAUGAGGUUGAUGUCUUAAAACAAAUCUUUCAUCUCAAGAAUAGCUGUGAAAGAGUUUGUUGUAGGAAAGUUGUUCUAUAUGGCUUUUGGAAGAAACUGAUCUACGACAUGCAUAGAAUUAUCUACAACCAUCUGUACUGUGCCAGCAUUUAGGAACAAAUCUUCUAAUUGGUCUUUUGUGAUAUCGUCCAAACUAGUGCUCUUCUCAAUAGAUGCAAGAAAACUUUGUAGUGCAUUAUUAAUACAUGUGUAGGCCUGAAGUUUACCAUCAGCCAACUUUAUUGUCAGGGUACACACAUGUUUGGAGGGGCAUUCUGAAGAUAGCAUAGUAGUUGAGCAUGAAGUACGGCUGAUUUUGUUGUUCUUGGUAUUUUCAUCAUAUAAAGUAUUGUUGCAUACAAUGCAUGAUUUGGCGAUUUUUAGAAUAAAGCCAGCACAACGACCUUCAGCAAUAGUAUCAUUCAGUUUGUCUGGUACAAGGUUUAUGUCUUUAAACAUAUCAUUUGUCUCCACAAUAGUUGUCAAGGGAUUUGUAUUGAGAAAUUUGACAUUGUUGAAUGCUCUCACUUUGAGGUCUGUGAAGAUGUAUGUUUUUCCACUGCUGACAGCAUGUAUUGCAUCUUCCCAUAGUGUCACCUUAAUUGAUGCUGUUUGGUCAGCGAUCAAACAGUCAACUUUUCUGAGUUGUUUGUUGUUCUUGAAAACUAGUUGGAUCUGAUCUUUUUUAAUCAAAAUUUUUUACCAGUUACAUUCACUGUUUUGUAUUCGUCGGCUUCAAGUGCCUCAUUAAUUGUUAGCAUAGAUGAGGAAACAUGUGAAUUAUAGCAGAAUUUUGCAGUAGUUGGCAUGAUUUUAGAUUUUUUUGUGAUUUUCAAUUCUUCAUUAGUUGUAGAAAAGCUAGUUGUAGAGAUCCUCUUUGUCUCAGUAAUUUUGACAGGAGAUUUUUUAUGGAACGGUUCAAGCAGGUUCUUUCUUUGUUACGGUUUGUAACAUAUUCCCCUGACUUUGUUGGUAUCACUUGUUUGCAAGAAGAAGUCAAAGUAUGGGGUUUGCUUCUUUUUAGUGUUUAUUAUCAGGCUUAAGGAUUGUAGAUAUCCCUGUAUUUCAGCAUCUAAAAAAAAAGAAUACAAAAAAAACCCGAGUUAUGGACACACACGUAUGCACAAUAACAUGGUGCUUUGGGCUCUACGAGCACUAGGCACAAAAAUUAAUUUGUAUAUUAUAUAAAGUUAUUGAUGAGUUUUAUGAUGAAAAGAAUGGCAUAAAAUACCUUGAGAAUCAUUGCCGUUGGUUUGUUUCAUUGAAGAUGAUCUGUUAAAAAAAGAAUGCAGUGGUUAAUUAAUAAUUAAAAAAAAAAUUUAAGUAAUUUAAAUAAUAAUUCUGACAUACUAAAAUCAACAAAGAAAACUCAUCAAAAUAAUACUUACGAAGAUGCUAAAGGAUUUUCCAUUUUCCAAAAGUAUGUAACCAUAAAAAUUAUGCAGAUGUCUUGAAAAGAACAACGAUGCAAAUUUUAAUCAAAAGCUACAGUAUUAUCAUGACUAGAAAGUGUUAAUCAUUUAUUUUAAGCCUAUGAUAAAUUCAAAAACAGUUUAGUAUUGCAUAAAUUCCUUUGUGAUCUGAAAAGUAACUUUCUAAAAUUUGAAAUGUAAUUUGCGAUUCAAGUAGGUUGGUGUAUAUAUGAUCAAUGCAAGUAUUGUUAUCUGUGGUGGUACAUUUAACUAAUUGUCUGUAACCAUGUUUAUUUAUAAAGAAAUUUUAGAGUGGCAAACAAUCAGCAACAUUGAACUAGUUAAUAUUGAAAUCACCAAUAAAAAGAUUGACUUCUGUUUGAAGUGAAUCUAAAAUACCCUGAAGUGCAGCACAUAACUGUUCUAUUGAUUGUGCAAGAGGCCUACAUAUUCCAAUUAUUGAAAUAUGUGGUAUAACAAUAAAUCUUAGAACUGUUAUUUCUAUGCCAUUUGUAUUAGGACAAUAUGGAUAUCCUGGAUAGUAGUCAAGACAACUAUAAACUACAGUUCCUCCAUAUGGUCUUAUAUUGGAAGGAUUUCUUGCUGGUGCAUCAUUCCUGAACAUGCUGUAUUUGUUAUCAUGUGUUAAAUUAUACAAACUAUCAUCAUCCAAGUUGCAGAACCUGCUUUCAGCAAAAAUGCGUACAUCAGUACUGGAGUAGUUGAGAUUUGCACAUACAUCUUUGAUAUGCUUAUGCAAUUACCUUGCAUUAAGAUAACAUAUUUUCAAACUAAUUUCUGGUACAUUAUAUAAUGGGUUUACUGCAAAUGUCAAUUGUCCUUCAGUUCUCAAUCGAUGCAUUUCUGUCCGCACAUCAUCACUAACAGCUAUUUUAUUCUCACACAGGUCAGUCACAUAGAGACCAUCAAUAGUCGUUACUCUACUUAAUCCUACAUAAUGUAUGUGAGGAAUUGCCCUUCUUGUCUCAAAAUUUACUACAAUCUUUGUUUCAGUAUCACCUUGAGAUCUAUGAAUAGUUUUUGCAGCAGCAGGUCUCAAUGGAAAUUGUUUUUGCACAAAAUGCACUGACUUGGAUCUGCUAACAGCAAAAUGUGUACUAGUAGGCUUAAUUGGUGUCCAUGUUGGUUCAAUGCCAUUAAUAUACAACUGUCUGUUCUCAUUCCUUGUCUUUACUCCUACAUCUGCAUGAUCAAACUGUACCCAUAUCAUCCCUGAAGGCUUAUCAGUAUUAUGUAUUUGCAUCAGUUAAAUAACAUUUCCUGCACCAUUAGUCAUGCCAUCAUCUGUCCUUGUAUUCAGAGAUAUCUCAGUUCUUUCUCCAAUUGCUAAGUGUAAUAUUGAGUGUAAUUGUUUAGUCUUCCAAGAAUUGCUCAGUAUCUGUUUCAAUAUUUUGUCUCUAAGCUCUUGUGAUUCAGCUCCAACUACACUAUCAUGAGCUUUGAUAGAAUAUUUCAUACCUGUAAGAGCAUUGUCAGCUUUGCAGUUAAAAUCAUUCACUUUUGAAUUUUGGAUAAACGAAUGCGGUGCAUCUUUUGGAUAGUUUGGAUUACUUAAUGCAAUGCAGCAAGUCCUUAAUUUUGCAAUGUCUUCAUUUGUAUGAUUACAUUCUCUUACUCUGCUCAAUAGCUCAGCAAAUUCUUUGCUUUCCCUUUGCCUCAUUAUUUGUUUCAGUUCAAACAUUUUGAAAAGCUUUUGCCACACAUUAGGAGCAAGAAUUCCAUAUUCAUCAUUGUUCAUGUUCUUGAAUACAUGACCAUCCAUCACUGGUUGUAACUGGAAUAAAUCUCCAAUAGCAACUAUACUGACUGCACCAAAAGGUAAUGAACUACCUUUGAUAUCUUUGAGUCUUCUGUUUAUUUGAACAGUGAACAUGGUAUUUCCCACCAUAGAUAUCUCAUCAAUAAAUAUCAGUUUAAUUCCACCUAGUCGACAUCGUAUUGUGUUAAGUCUACUUGAGUCAAGGCUUUAGUAGUUUCUUAAUGACUGACUUGCUGGUAUUGCAAGAGCACUAUGUAUGGUAUUUCCCUUAAUAUUAUAUGCCACUUUUCCAGUAGGUGCUAGCAUCAAUACUUUUGUUUGUGAAAAAUCAAUGCCAGGUCUAGUAUUGUAAUACUUCACUGUAGCCUGAUAUAAGACUUUAGUGACAUGUGAUUUAUCAACACCUGCACCACCACUAAGAAAACAGUAAAAUGGUUCUUCAGAGGUCUUAAUCAGAUGCAAUACAUGAUAGAAAAACUAUUUUUGUUCUUUAUUCAAAGUUUGUACCAUAUGCCUGUAUUCAUCAUCUGGUAAUUCAUUCAUUGUCAGUGGUUCACUAUUGUCUACAGAUGGUAUUCCUAAAUCAUCUGAUAGAUUAUAAUUGCCACUAAAAUCAGGAUGUAAAACCUGGUCCCCUUCUUCCUGAUGUUGUCGUUCUAUAUUUUGUGUGCAGGGAGCUAUAUCAUCAUAUCUGUCCUCUAUUUGAUUUAUUUGUUGCUGGAUUUCAUUGAAAUCUUCAUUACAAAACAGCAUAUUGUUUCAUUUGUUCUUUAAUAACAUUGGAGAGAACCAUACAUCUAUCUUCAAAUGAUGCAAAGUUUCCUAGUAAAUCAGUUUCCUCAUUUCUCCAUGGAGCAAACAGCAUAAAAAGUUCACUGUAAUGUUUUAUGUUUUAUUUUUUUAUUUAUGUUUUUUAAUGUUUUUUUUUUUCAUUGAGCUUUGCCCUUUUCUCAGGAGAAUCAGUAGCUUUUCUAUAUUCUUUCAUAUAUGCAGCUCUAUUUUGUCUUUUGCUUUUUGGCGAUAAAUGAAUAUGCUCGCCCGAUUUUUCAUGUUCUAUAUCAGUAGAAUUUACUAAAGGUGAGACUGGACAUGUGGAUACAUAAUGCAUUUCUCCUAUAUGGUCUAUAUAUACUGACUGGAUAUUUUCAGCAUCAUUACAAAGUGUUGGUUCAAUUAUUAUUGUUUCUCUGAAAGUUUGACUUGAUUCUACUAUAUUCAUUUUUAAUUGCAUUGAGUCAGAAAUUGCUUGUAUAACAAUGUUAUCAGCCUAUGUACCUUGGUGUGACAUAUUACACAGAUAUUGAUUCCAUGAAGUGCCUACUACACUUUCUAUGAACCAAUCAGGAUUAUCAGAUAAGAAUCUCACAGCUAGACAGAGUUUGAUGCUACUGUUGUUUCGACGGCCCUACUACUCUUCUCUACUCGAUCCGGCAAAAUUUACUUGAUAGCGACCUAUAAAAUGAACAUGGUGCGCCUACUUGUCGCCACCGUUAACUGGCAUAAAUCACUACAAUUUGCAAAAAACUCUAACAUAACGCUCUUAUCUUGUUUAUUUAUGAUUUUAUCAGCUGUUUCGAUGAUCACGUUAAUUAUGCUCUACCAUAUUCUAGCCAGAUUUGAGUUCCAGUUUAUAUAUCUUCUCUAACUUAUUAUAUUAGUUGGGUGAGAAAUUUAAAAAAACACAGAAAUUCAAAGAUGAAUUCAAAGAUGAAUCAACCUCCGAAAUACCUAGAAAUGGGUUUUUUUUCCUCUUUGCAUGACAUCUAGAAAAACCUUUCAGGAAUUACUGAAAACUAAAAUGUCCAGAUCCAUCCAUGAUUCCUUUGCUGGCUGAAGUCAAAAUAUGGUUACAGUGGUCAAUUUGAUUGACAAGCUACAUACUGAUUUAGCUAACUGAUCUGUUUUAUAAGCGUCUCAUCUUACAUGCUAACAUGGAGAUUUGCUAUUUUUAGUUAAAUCGUUCGCUGGUGGAACUUGUGGGUUUAGUUAACGAGAAGACCAAGUCGUUCCCUUGCGUGAUUGUUAAAAAGACAUUUCAUGUCACUUGCGGAAUUGCAAGUUUUCAGAUCCAGAAAAUGAAGUUGAUCUUGUUUUGUCACGUGCCGGCAUCUUCGAGACGCCAAAAGUCAAAUCAAAUCACAUCUCCGUGUUGGGUGGAGUCGUUGUUCCAAUAGCAGAUGUAGGGUGCCAAAAGAAAUGUCCGGCCACGGUAAAGGUAGGGUUAAGUCGAUUCCAAAAGCUGAUAGGGGAAUUAGCAAGUGUGUAUCACAGAUAGUACUCAAGAUGUCUGGAAAAUUCAUACAAUCUGGCUUCGGUAAGUAGGCUACUUACCACAGUGAACAAAAUUACGCGUGACGCCAGGGUUAAGUUUCGAUUAGGAAUUGGUCAAUAGGCUAUCAAAAAUUCAGACAGAGGCGGAGUUUUCUGAAUUUCGCUAUAAAUUUCGCUAUAAAUUUCGCUAUAAACCGCUAUAAAUAUAUAUAUAUAUAUAUAUAGACCGCGAUAAAAUUAUAAAAGGUGCUCAAGUCUUAUCUGUGUGGGAGUGGCAACAAUUAGCCUGUAAAAAUAAGUCUAUGUCCUUUUCUGUCUUUUUCAAUGCUUCCCUCGCUCCUACAGAGGUUUCAUACCAAUAUGAGAGCCGUGCCGCGUUUACAUUGUACAGGUAGAAAAGGUUGUCCAGAAUGAGUGUUUCGUUCUGUAAUGAAAACCCCAAUAGACUCACUCAGAAAUGAAUCAUUUCGAAUAAAUUUUACGCAGGUUAUUAUGUGGCAACCGGUAUGAACUCGUUCUUGUACAAAACUCAUUCGGAUAUCAUGUAGAAGGCCCCUAAAAGUUUUUAUUCCCAGAGCAUCACGCUUUGCUCGCCUGUCUGAAUACUAAAAAUUUCAGUAGCGUUGAAGCAACAACCCGCUUUUAACUGCUUCAUUGCUGCUGAAACAACGAUUAGUGAAGAAAGCACAUAUUUUAAUAUUUUAAAUUCAACGUAAACAAAGAUCUUUAUAAAUGGUAAAUAUUCACUUGUGUCGGUAUCAACUAUUACGUGACUAGUUUAUGAUAUAAAUGAGGGAGGGGAAAACACAACGCAAAACCUGAGCUCCUGUCAAAAAGUAAUACCCAGGCGUAAUAUAAUAAUCGAAACGGCUAAUAAAAUCAUAAAUAAACAAGGUAAGAGUGAUAGAAUUUUUUUACAAAUUGGAGUGAUUUAUGCCAAUUAACGGUGGCGACAAGUAGGCGCACCAUGUACAUUUCAUAGUCGCUAUCAAGUAAAUUUUGCCGGACUUUGAGUUCGUCUCAAGAUAGAACAACACAAAUACACAAGGAAAUUUUUACAGUAACUUUAUAACCAUCCUUUGAUCUUUUAAAAGCAUGAAGCUCAGUAGAUUGUGUCAUAUCGGUCAUUGUUAAAACUGCCUUUGUUUUGAGGCUACUUUUCGACAUAGGAAAAGUAUGUCGGACAAAAAUAUUCACCAAAAAAUAAAUAUUUCUUUGGCAGCUUCAAUAACGACCGGGGAUUAAGUUUAGAUGAUAAAACAAAGGAUUAUGUUUAUAGAAAUACCGUAGGUCUAGUACAUUCGUUACAUGAGGUCACACAACUCGGGUAAUAUUCACGGUGAAAAUUUGCAUAUUUGAGCGGUCGAACGAAAAAAGUCAUUCCUCGAAAACUAAAAUAUAUUUUCGCAAAAAAACUACACCACAAUUAUUACAACAUAUUGGGCUAAAAAAUAUGAAAGUAGGAGAGAAAACGAAUUUUGGGCGACUUGCCACAAUAUUUCAAAUUUGUUCAAUGGGUGCUGACAUCCUAUCUUAAAUACUACUACGCGACUGCAGAAACACAACAGUUACUCUAACCUGACAAACGUUCCAAUCUAGUAUCUCUUUCGUCACUUUUAUUUUUCUCAUCAUGCCAAAAGCACGCCGCUCUUCGUAUACUAUGGGUUUCAGGAUAAAAGUUAUCGCGGAGGCUAAAGCUGUAGAAAACAGCUCGAAAAUCGCUCGAGAUUAUGGACGUAGCGAGUCCAUGGUGCGACGCUGGAGACGAGACCAGGCGACUAUUCUUUCUGGCAAGCUUAAGAUGCCUGCAAAACGUGCAAAAAUGGGCCGUUUCACUCCUAAGUGUCCCGAACUAGCCGAGCAAGCGAUGGAGUGGUUUUCACAGCAGAGAGACCAAAUAUUUCAUUUGUAAUGUGAAACUAGACCCUGUGAGCAGGGUAACUGGGAUACCUGGAUGGUACUGGAUUUUUGAAAUCAAGUGUAGUGAUACUACGGGUGUCGGACUAGUAUAAUGAAAUAGUGAGCUCAAGUCUGGCCAGGGGCAUACAGCUAUUUCAAAAAAAGUUGUCAUCUAUUACUUGUGGGUGCACUGCUUGAAAAUAGACAUGACCUCUAAAUUCCAAUUUUCUUUUCAGUUUCGACUGUAUUAUUCCAGAUCUUUCAGGGGGAUGUGGUAAUAUAUUGCAUGUUUGAUCAUAUUCAACUGGUAUAUAACAUAUUGCACCCAUAAUCUUUCUUUGUUGACCUUUGGGCAUGACUCGAUUUUUCAAACACUAUUCUCUGUGGUAUAUCUGUUCAAGCUUCUCUAGAAUGGACAACUCUGGUGAUAGUUCAUCAACAUGUAAUUUGUUACAUACAGCUUGACAUUGACAGUACAAAUGAACUGAUUUUCAUCAAAUGACUUAAUGUCAGUAAAUAGUGCUUGCUGAGUAUUGUACAUUUGUUUUUUUAACUGGAUAACAGUUUUUCUAUAUAGUGUUCUAUUACAAACAGAGCAAAUAUAAUAUGGACCUUCCCUAAUCUUAGUUUGAAAAGGUGUGAUCUUAUGAUCUAAAUCAUGUUGAAAUGAGUUUCUAUAGGCUUCUUUAUUAGCUUGGACUUUUGAUAUAAUCUUAUCUUUGUCUGCAGGAUCCAGUGUUUUAUACCAUUCUGCUCUGCCAGACAAAAGUGUUUCUUUUUCUUCAGGAUUCAAUGACUUAUACCAUUCUGCUUUUUUUUGUUUUUGUGCAGAAUCAAGCAAGUUAAACCAUUCUGCUCUCUUUUACUUUCAUGCAGUAUCCAGUGAUUUAUACCAAAUUGCUCAGCUAGACAAAAGAUUUUGUUUUUCCACAGAACCAAGUGAUUUCUACCAUGCUGCCGAUUUGAACAAAAGCUUUCCUUUUUCUUUAGGAUCCAGUGAUUUAUACCAUUCAGCUCUGUGAGACAAAAGCUUUUCUUUUUCUGCAGGAUCCACUGACUUGUACCAUAUUGUUUUAGCAGACAAAACUUUUUUUUCAUGGCAGGUUCCAUUUGUGCAUAGCUUUCUUUUUUCCUUUUUGCAUGUAGUUUUUUCUGACUAUGAGACUUAUGUUUUGCCAUUACCUUUUGUCUUCCAGCAUUUGACAAAUUAGUUGAACAACAUAUAAAUUUAAUGCAGUAUUCUACAUCUUUACUCUGGAAUUGUCUUUUUUUUUACAAUAUCCCCUAAUAACUGAAUAGGAAUAUCUAUGUCAUUCCUUUUUUCAAAUAUAUCAAGUGUGCCAUUAGGACUGAAUCUUAUAAUAAAGUACUUAACACUUUUUGCUUUUGUUUUCAUACUAUUGUGCUGAAAAAUACAGCUGAAGCAAUAAUUUGAAAUGCAUAUUAAAACCCGGUAUUAUCCUUAGUAUUAUCUGUGAUUAACUUCUGAAGCAAUAAUUUGCCUUGUUUCUCCAAAUUAAAGGCAAUAUUAAUAUCUGCAUCAUAUAUUUGAAGUGUCCUUGGGAAAUUGUUAAUAGUCAGUGGAUGGUUAUCACCAUGAGUUUUUCUUUGUAAAACUUGUUUGCAUGGUCAGUGAUUCUAUCUAGCAUCUGUGAAUUCCAAUACUCACAAUAUUUGAAAAUGGAAAAACAAAUGCCUUAAAAAGAUGUGGCACAACAGGGAAUAUGAAUGGUUGUAAUUUCAGCAUCUGCAUGAUUUGCUUCGAGGGGGACAGCUGACAACUGUUGAUCAGAAAUAUCUGUCAUAUCACCUUGUUUUUCAUUAGUAUGUACACCUUUGAGUCCGAAUAAAACAUUUGGAUUUUGAUAAGGACCUUGAACAUAGUUUAUCAGCUUAUUUAAGGUGUUAACUUCUGACAAUACACAAGUUCCUUGAGGGUGGGGCAUACCAUAUCAAUCUCUACCAAGAGAAUCAAAUAUCUUAAACUUACCAUCACAAUUACAGCAAACACCAACUGUAGUACUAAGGAUUGUUAAAAAAAGGAAUUAUAAUUUCGUCCAAGCAAAGCCUGCAUAGCAUUAGCAAAUGACAUAUAAUAAUUGUAAUAUUGUGCUUCACAAGUACCAUGUAUAGUACCAGUAUAGCUUGGACUAUAUUGAAGCUGAUAAUUAAUAUUAAACACUAUUAUCAUUUCAGGUACUUCUGUUAACAAUAACUAGAAUUGCCUGGAUAGACUAGAUAGACCAGAAUACAAUUCAUUACCAAUGUUCAUGAUAUUUACUAAGUCCAUUGAGGAUACAAUACCAUUCUCCCUACACACUGUGUACCAGCAUUUAACCCAACCCUUGCCACAUUGUCUUGACUAAAAGGAGCUUGAAUUGUUUUUGUAGAAUUAAUAACAGGACCAGGGUUUGUCUCUAUAUCCCCAGACAGCUUGGACUUAAAAUGAUUUACCCUGUGAUUCAGAUUUUUAUAAAAAUUUGUUACUGAAUUAGACCUCCAUGCAUUCGACUGCUUUGGCUUUGGACUUUUCAUUACUUGUGGAUAUUAGUUCUGCAUUUUCAGUAUCCUGUAUUUGUUAGACUUUCGAUAUUUUCCCCUAACUGCAGAAUAGGAAUAAUUCGUUGUUCCUUAAUUCUCACAUCUGAUUCCAUGUGCAUAUAUUUUUUCACGAGCUUUAUUUGUAAAAAGAUGCAUUCGGGAAGACUUCGGUAUGCUUUUUCUGAUGUAGGGUCAAAGUAAACGUCUUACCUUCCAGGAUUUCUUCAAAAUACGAGAAAUUCUUUUCUUUGGUAUUUGCUGGGCUCGCGAUCACAAACACGAAUACCAUGUGAACGAGGGCGAUUAAAAUAAACAAAUUUGUCGUAUCGAGAUCUACAGUUACAGACUGUAUUUAUUGAAAAUGCUUCAUCAUUGCUAUCAUUAAGCUUAUUAUGAUAAACAAUAACGGAUAACUGAGAAGCAUUCUCAAAGACGUUACAUUCAGCGAAGCUAUUCACGACAGCUUUUGUUAGAGACAUCAACAACUUUACUUAGAAAUUAGCCUCCAAGACAAUUGCGCAAACAAUAGGUAACAUAAAAACAUACACAAAAAACGCAGGAUUUUGGAUCACUUAUUUAUCAAAAAAGAAUAUCCAUACAACUACACUGAAAACAAACAUAAGAUUCACCUUUCUGAUCGUGAAAUUAAUACCAUUCGCGCUGUUAUCGUUGCUACGUUCCUUGGCAUCAAUUAAAUCCAACAUGGUGUCUUUCUUCACAAGCAGUUUGCAUCCAUUAGAGUUUUGUUCUUCAGUCUCACGGUAGUAGUGUUGUUCAAUAGAUUCCGUAGAGUAUAUGCAGUUUGGUUUCAGAUCUAAGAUUUUGCUUUUUUCAAUAAGGGUAGAACGUUUUUCAACUAAGACAUUGGCAUACUUGGCAUACAAGGCAUACAAGGCUUUCAUGGCUUUCAAGCGUUCGCGACUCAGUCCGUUCCAAAAAUACCGCUCAAUAACAUCUUUUAGUGUGGAUUGGCCGCGAACAAUACGACUUUUGUAUGUGUCUGUAAAUAUUUUGAGCUUUUGCACCAUAAAGCUCCAGGUAAUCGUGAACCAAAAACGUGGCACCUCCAUCGCCAAAACAACAACCCCAGAACAAGUACAAAAUGGCCGACAAAAGAGUUUUAUGAGCAAAAAUCUCGUGGUUCGUCAUGUGACCUGGCCCUGUCCGUGCAUGACAACGUCAAUCAUCGUCAAGAUAACACACGUGAUCAGCAUGUGAACAUUUUCACCCUCAUUGGAUCAGUUAGUUGUCAUAAUGUUGAGGGCCCAAUGACCACUGGGUACUAUUGCGCAAUUUUUCCAUUUUGUGGCGGAGGAAAAAAAAAGAUGACAGAAAAACACAGGCGUUUUAUGACUGGGCAACCACAGGUAUCCCAGUAAUGAGAAGAGUUUUUGCCGAGUUGAGUGAGAUCGUCUUUCAAUGCGUGGGAAGCAAAGAAUCUGAUUGGUGGUCAGAAAUACGUUGUUAUCAUGUCAAUUUUAAAGCAUGUCACACAAAGAGCGCUGCAGUCACGGAAUGUACGGUCAUUUCGCAUUAGCAUUAAAUUUGUACUUGUUUUUGAAUCCCAAGCCCUCGGCUAUAAGCCGAACCCCAUUUCUCGUGAAAAAAUUUCCCAAACUUUUUUGUCAAAUACUGAAGAAUCGCUCGGCUUAUAGGUGAAGAAAUACGGUAUGUUACGUUUAUUUACACCGUGCAGAUAGCCUGAUUAUUAGACAGUCGAGUAAGAGCGACUGACCAACAUUUGGACCGUCUUGAGAAUCAGGUUUGUUCAUAGACGACCUGAUAUCUGGAGUUAGACUUAAAGUAAAACAGUUUUUUAACUGAGCGGCCGAUUCAGCUCAACCGCUGGUAUCAUAGAAGUCCUGCAUCUACACAGUCCGUUUCAUGAAGAAGAUAAAAAAAGGACAAUACAAUCAGUGGAAAUCGCAAUUCAGAAUUACAACAAAAUUUCGAAAAGUUAACACCAGAAGAAAAGUUUCGCUCAGAGGUAGAACGCGUGAAAGUCUUCGGUUUUACCUACAGUUGCAGAAAGUUAAUAAAAAUUACCGUGCCAGCAGAGAGGAAGAUGACAGUUAACGGUUCUUUGUUUCUAUUUAUAUUCCAGUUCAGCGACGUUGUGGAGUAUUGCGGUGAUAGAGGAAGCACAGACCAUGCCAACCGUGUAAUGAAGAUAGCGAAAGACCACCUAAGAAGACUUUCAAGCAAAAACAUUUUCAAACCCAAAGUUUUAGCAAGGGUGUCACACACAGACAGGUCUUUUAUUGGGGCCUCAAUAGCUGUAAGUCAUUUCUUAAGGCCUAUUUGUUUGUUUCAUAGAAUCAUGAAUCUUAAACAGAGUCUCGGAAAAGCAAUAGUACUUUUCCAGCCUCUAAAUAUUCCAGAUCAGCAAAACUGGUUAUUUGGAGCAUUUUACGGAGCCAACUAUGAUUUGGUGAAAAGCACUUGUCAAAAUUGCAACAUGAUAUUUUGUAAUGAUCUUUCGGGAAACGGAUCGUCCACGUUUCUCGGCGCAUGUGCAGAGUAUUGUCCUGUUAAUCACCUACUUCCAAAUGAGCCGAAUUUGGGGCAAAGUGCAAGUGAUGACCCACUUGUAAUGAAUCAACUGAAGCGAAACCAUGAUCGAUGUUCAGAUCUGUUCAAAAACUUUUUGGACAUAUCUAGGAAAUGCACAGCUGCCGCUCGAUCAAACGACGAAAAUAGCAUGAAGGCCGUGUACUGGGAAGUGAUAUAUAAACUGCACAUUUUUGGUCUAUGGCCAGAAUGUAACCCCUACUUUUAGUUUUUUUCGUUGUUCUUCGUCGUCACAAAUUGACAGGAUAUUAAACUGCUCAACUCUAACAGUAAGAAGAUAAAAUAUCUUUUUCGAUCUUUUGUAUGGAACAAAUUUCAGCUCUUGAAUAUUGUGAGAAUUUAGGUUAGUAUCCUAGGUCGGUUCUUUGCACUGUCUUAUCUGCAUUUGUUUUAAAUGAUACUGAAUAAAGCUGUUUGUAAAAGGUGGAUAAAACAAACGAUGCAUAUUUUAAUUAGUUAAUUACUCUUUCUGAGAGAGAGUUAAAAGAGAUGUCUAUUGUAGCUCGGCUAGAUGUGGUCGCCACUUUUCGACGUAUUUAUGGUCUUGUACAGAUCAGUCUUAACCCUUUCACUCCCACAAGUGACCGAGACAGAAUUUCUCCUCACGAUAUCAAUACAAUAUCAAGCAGGCAGGUGGUGAGAAUAGAGAGGAAUAUUAAUCAUGGGAUUAUUAGUGGAUCCAAGACCAAAUUCUCUGAACUAACAUCAUAAGAAUUGUAUGGCAGAUAGCAAGGAGAAUUACUGAUUAGAUCUUGGGAGUGAAAGGGUUAAAACAAUAAAAAUUGUUGUUGUUGUUGUUAUAAGAGAAAAUACCGUAUUAAUAAAUAACUUAAAAACGAACCAGUUUAAUAGAGUAAAACGAAACUACUUGUAAGUAGUUUGAGCACUAGUUUGGGAUCUUUCGCCAUGCGGGACAGGAGAACGCGAGGAAAAACAUGCGGUACACACGCGGAAAGCGGGAUGAAACGCGAAAUAAAUGACGAAAAUACUGAGGAUGCCAAACAAGCGAAACAACUAGAAGCGUCUGGUGUGGAGAAAGCCGAACAGGGCGAUCUUGAUGAGGCAUCGGAGUGUUUCAACCAAGCUUACGAAUUGUGUUCGUUCUGUCCUUCAUGGUUUAAUAACAAAGCUCAGCUGUGGAGGUAAAAGGUACUCAAAACGUUUAUAUUCCCUCGAAAGUCAAAAGAAAUUACAUGUAAUCGGUUUCAAUGGAUAUAUUAAUGCACUUAUUUAAAUUACUUUACAGGUUAAAAGCCAGUUGAUAUCAUACAUUGAGAAAAACGUGUAGUACCUCGGGGGGUUGGUGGUGCUGAGGUUCAAAUUUUACUAUCCUUUGUUUUUGGGUAUGGUAAUAUAUGACAACGAGUUUGAAACAAAGGAAAAUAGAAUUUGAACUAAGGAUAAAAUUGAACCACAACAACAAUAUUAAAAUAGUCAUCCUUUUCACUGGCUCUUGGGAGGGUUUUCAACCUGGUAAAACUGGAAAUGGUUCAAAAUAAAGUUUUCACAUACAAGCUCACGCAUAUCUCAAAAUAUUAAAACUAUUAAACUUUGGUAGUCUUAG